UCUUGGCCACAGCUUCUUCAUCGUCGUCGUCGCUUGCACAUUCUCUCUCUACAGCCAUGAUCAUGCAUUCUCUCACUCCUCAUCUCCGCAAUUCGCACUAUUCCUUCCUCCCUAAAUUUCGUAAUUUCUCAUUUUCCUUCCCCAUUUCCCACAAAUUCAACUUUAUCAACCCCAAUUUUCCCCAAAACUCGAAAACUUACCCCACCUUCAUCGUCCGUAAUUCCUCCGGCUCCGUAACCGCCAAACCCUCAUCGGAGCUCCGAAAGAAGCGAGGAAAUGACUCUGACUCCUGCUCCGAUUCCGACCAGAAGCUCGGGGACCUCCGGGAGCUUUUCUCCAAGCCCAAUAUUAAUAUCGACGCUUAUAUCAUCCCUUCCCAAGACGCCCAUCAAAGCGAGUUCAUUGCAGAGUGUUAUAUGAGGAGAGCCUAUAUAUCUGAUUUUACGGGGAGUGCUGGCACUGCAGUUGUUACAAAGGACGAAGCAGCUCUUUGGACGGAUGGGCGAUACUUUCUCCAGGCAGAGCAGCAACUCAGCUCUAGCUGGAUUCUAAUGCGGGCUGGAAAUAUGGGAGUGCCUACCACCAGUGAGUGGCUUAACAGUGUGCUGGCUCCUGGGUGUAGAAUCGGAAUUGAUCCUUUUUUGUUUUCUUCUGAUGCUGCAGAAGAACUGAAAGAGGCUAUUUCGAAACGAAAACAUGAGUUGGUCUACUUGUAUGAUUGCAAUCUUGUGGAUGAAGUGUGGAAAGCAUCGAGACCAAAAGCUCCCAACAAGCCAAUCAGAUUGCACGAUCUAAAAUAUGCAGGUCUAGACGUGUCAUCAAAGCUGUCUUCUCUUAGAUCUGAAUUGGCUGGUGCUGGUGCCUCUGCAAUUGUUAUCUCUAUGCUCGAUGAAGUGGCAUGGCUGCUGAAUCUGAGAGGUAAGGACAUUCCACAUUCACCAGUCAUGUAUGCCUACUUAAUUGUGGAGAUUGAUGGAGCUAAGAUAUUCACUGAUAAUUCUAAAGUCACUUCCGAAGUGAUGGAAUACCUGAAAAAUGCUGGAAUAGACUUGUGUCCUUACGAAUCUAUUCUCUCUGAAAUAGAAAGUUUGGCAGAAAGGGGAGCUGGACUUUGGCUUGACACAUCAUCCAUCAAUGCUGCUAUUGUAAAUACUUAUAGAUCUGCAUGUGAUAAAUAUUUUUCUGGGCGAGGAUAUCAAAAUGAAAUUGAGAGAUCCAAUGGUGAAUCCAGUGGACCAUAUGCAGUAUAUAGAAGUUCUCCUAUCUCUCUGGCUAAGGCUGUGAAAAAUGAUGCUGAAUUAGAAGGCAUGCGUAAUUCUCACCUAAGGGAUGCUGCUGCUUUAGCACAAUUUUGGUCUUGGUUAGAGGAGGAAAUCCUCAAAGAUGUGGUUUUGACUGAAGUACAAGUUGCAGACAAACUUCUUGAGUUUCGUUCAAUGCAAGAUGGUUUCCUUGAUACAAGCUUUGAUACUAUCAGUGGUUCUGGGGCCAAUGGUGCCAUUAUACACUAUAAACCAGAGCCAGGCACCUGUAGUAUUUUGCAUGCAGAUAAACUCUUUUUGUUGGAUAGUGGUGCCCAAUACCAUGAUGGAACAACUGAUGUUACUCGAACAGUACAUUUUGGUGAACCAUCUUCACGACAGAGAGAAUGUUUCACUCGUGUUCUACAGGGUCAUAUAGCUCUUGAUCAGGCAGUGUUCCCCGAGAAUACCCCCGGUUUUGUAUUGGAUGCUUUUGCUCGAUCUGCUCUGUGGAAAAUUGGCCUUGAUUACCGUCAUGGGACUGGGCACGGUGUAGGAGCUGCACUGAAUGUCCAUGAAGGGCCACAAAGCAUUAGCUUUCGAUUUGGAAAUAUGACUCCAUUGCUGAAAGGCAUGGUUGUUAGUAAUGAACCCGGCUAUUAUGAAGACCAUUCAUUUGGCAUUCGUAUAGAGAAUCUACUUUUUGUGAAAGAGCUUGACACACCAAAUAACUAUGGAGGACAUGCAUACUUGGGGUUUGAAAAGCUUACAUUUGUUCCAAUUCAGACUAAAUUGAUUGAAGUGUCAUUGCUUUCCGAUGCUGAGAUCAAUUGGGUAAAUGAUUACCACAAGCAAGUCUGGGAGAAGGUCUCAACUCUGCUGGAUGGUUCUGCACGUCAGUGGCUAUGGAACAACACUCGGCCGCUUGUUAAGCCAUGAUAAGCCCUUCUGGUGUCCUUUGUUGAACAUUUCGGCAUUGCAUUGUACAUACAUCAGAUUGAAAUUAGUAGCUUGAUAAAAAUAUAUGCACAUGAAUUUCAAAACAGUAGUUUGAUAAAGAUUAAAAAAAGGAAAAGAAAACAAGAAUAUUUGCUGUGGAUAUUGCACCGGAAUGUACACUGAUGAGAUCAUUUGUGUCUCAAUCUACCAGUGAAGAAAACUUGAUUGUGAGGUGGUUCUUUGUG